AGCACAGAUAUUUUAUAGCUAGUCAGAGAUCUGAUAGAUCGAGUAAGAAAUAGUCUAUGGAUUAAAUUAAAGCAUGCGGGAUUUUACAACCAUAGACAAAUAUCCCAGUUCUCAGCUUUUCUUGCUACUUUGUUGAGAAAAUUGACAUCUUAGAUAGUUUAGCUUAGGUACAAAAACAAUAACGAGUUCGCAGCAUCAGUACAAAUAUAUCGCUAUUACUUAGUGAACAAUCAGAACACAAAGAAACGUGUUGUGCAAACUGCUCGUGUGAUUAAAAUUAGAAUACAAUACUAACUAAAGAUAAAAUCUUUGGUUUCGGUGGCUUCGUUGUGCUAACUAGUGAGAAACAUAAAAGAUGGGAGGUUGCUGGUCACGUAAAACCGAUAGCCGUCGGAAAACUACACACACGCGGUCAUACGACUGGGACGAACCAGAUUGGGAACCUGAAGUGUGCGCUGUAACUGUGUCGUUGCAUACGCCACCAGCGGAAACUUUUGUUCGACGCGUACCACCAGCACAACCUGCUAACCGUGUGUACACAGUCCCGAAGCCGACAGUAGCGAGUGUACCAAAACCAAAGCCUCCUGCGCCUGUAAAGGAGAAAUUGGUGCCUUUAUAUGGAGAGUACAAAUGCGGCAGUUGUAAAAACUUUUGGGUUAGCCGUCUGUCGUGGCCCAACAGAUAUCAACAGUGUCGGCGUUGCAAGUCAUACGCGCGUCCAAAAAAUCAGAGGGAACUGCGUCCUACUGACUAUACCCGUGGUAAGGAUGACGUCGGCUCAGAGCAUCCUCAAGAGUUUUGCGAGAUGUGUAAACAACUGGGAAAGCAUUGCGGAACAUACAAAUCAAAAUAAAAUAGCUAAAAGUACCUAAUUUGUUACAAAACUGUGUUAGAAGAGUCAAUCUGAAUUGUUAUGUCGAUUUCACCCUUAUAUCCUUAAAAUUAAUGCACAUAAUCCUUUCGAUUUAAAAAUAAGACGUAAUGAAAAAACUGCGUACCCGUACGUUAACCUUUUCGCCGCCAACGUACACAAAACGCAAUGCCUCGCCGAGCGCCAAGCUAUAAAUGUGUAACUAAAAUACAGUAAACAGAUGGGGAUAUCGACGAGUAAGAUUUGUAUGCGAAAGUUAAGAUUUAAAGUUGAUUUUACGAAUAUAAAUAAAAACAGAUGAAAUAUU